UUUUCGCAGGGGAUUUCCACACCGCCAUCUUGUCUUGGUCAAGUUUACAAAGAAAUGCCAUAAAGUCUUACUUUUCUGAAGAAACAUUACUUUUUUAUUGAAGAUUAGGUGUUAGAAAGUGAGAGGCAUUGCCCCAGGUGUUGUACAGAUUUUGAAGCAGUAUGGAGACUGAGAGAGGCCCUCCGGAUGGUGCUGGCGACAGUUUACUUCACUCUCCAACCAACGACAAAGGCAAACAGAUCCCUAACACAGAUGACACCACAACUACAUCUACACAAAAAGACAUGACAGAAAAUAUUUGCACCCAAGAGGAGAUUCCAGUCACAGCCAUGGACCAGAGUGAAGAAAAAGUGGCCUUAGCUACAGCAAAGGACAACAGGACUCCUGAAAAUACUGUGACCAAAGAAGGAAGCAGAGAAAAAGUGAAGUAUCCAGUCCUUGUGCUAGACACCACAGAGGAUAAGGCAGCACUGGCCACAUCCAAAGACUUUGUUAAGGAUAACUUAUCGCUGUAUGGACCACAGAGGGAGAAUGAUGUAGAAGAAGAGGCUGAAACUUUAGAAGAAGAUGACCAAGAGAAUGAAUCCUUAAGUGCCACUGAGAACCUUAAUGAAGAAGAAGAGCAGCAAAGUGAAAGUUACGAGGAGCAAGAAGAUGCUGGCUCAUUAGAGGAAGAAGAAGACCAAGACUUUGAAAAAGGGUCCAAGAAAGUAAAAGACGUUGUUGACGACACCGCAGUUUUUGGAGCAGAGGGUCCAACGGGAAAGCUGGGAAAAGGUUAUGUAGAAGAUGGAGAGGUUAACGACCAGGAGGACAAUGACCUCAUGCUGAUCAAGGAAGCAGAGGACAAAGUGAAGGAGUUGCAACAACACCACAGAAACCACACCCUUGUAGUCAGUAACCUUCAGGACACAGCCAGAACUGUACAGAGAAUCACAGCGCACCAACUAAGAGAGGAGCACCACACUGGCUCGGACCUAGAAAACCUGGCUACCAGACUGGACAUGGCACACAAAAACGCUGCACAGUCCUGUAGCCAAUACAACGAAGUUAUAAGACUUUUCCAAGACUUCCUACGUAGAGCAAAGGAAAGUGCCACUCAGUCAGUUUCAGAAAGAGAACUCGACGACAGGAGUGUGGUAUAUGUAGAGGAGAUAGAGGAAGAAGCUAGUGGCAUUGAAAGGCCAACAUCUUUGCACGUAAAUGAUGCCAGAGAUGGAACUGAUGCUAGUGUAUCAACAGAAAGGUCUCCCAGCAGACAGAUCCAUACCAUAAGCCCAUCCCAAGUGGCACACUACUGUAAAAUGUGGACACAGUUACGGGAAGAUGGUAGGGUGCCAGAGGGAAGGGACGGGUUCUUCAUGGAUAACAUUGAGUGGACCUGGGACGACAUUGGCGCGGUCGGCCAGGGCACGUUUGGAACAGUUCACCUGGGGCAGCCGCAGCCUUACUUUGCUGUGAAGAAGGUGGAUAUGGACAGGUUUGAGGCAGAUGAAGUUGAGAUCCUGGCCCAGUUGGACCAUGCUGCUGUAGUAAAACUGCUGGCUGUGGUGAGAGAUGGAAACACCAUGCACAUCUGUACUGAGUAUCUGGGCGAUGAAGUAGUAGAGAGGGUGAUUAACCAGAACGCUGGUCUGUCAGAACCCACGGCCCUGGCCAUCACCAUACAACUGUUGGAAGGGCUGGUGUACCUGCACAAGCUGGGGAUCGUUCACCGAGAUGUCAAGGCUGCCAAUGCUGUGUUAUGCCGAGUCAGCGACACAGAACCAGACAGGGUCCAGGUGAAACUGAUCGACUUUGGCUCCGCCACCAGGAUCCCUAAAGGCCACAAGUGGGUUCACGAGGAAGAGAGAGAACCUAAGGGUACCCCAACCCACAUGAGUCCAGAGAUGGCGCGUGCCGAGGAACACAACUGUACUACAGACAUCUGGAGCCUGGGCUGUACCACUCUGCACAUGCUCACGGGGAGGCACCCCUGGCAGAAAUAUGCCGUCCGCAGCUUCCAACUUAUUUACCAGAUUGGAGCCUACCCACAUAGAAUCCUGGACGACAUCCCCCACACCACCCAUGGGUCACUCAGACAACUACUGGGCCACUGUUUUAACCAGUGUCGGAAAGAACGACCACAGGCGCAAGCUAUACUGGACAUCGCAUGUGAAGUGCACCAGCAAGUCUCUGGUCAACCGACUUCUAUUCAAGAUGCCUCCCUCAUCAGUCUACAACCCAGCAGCCUCAAGGCUUCAGUAGCCUCUUGUCUCAGCGCUACAGCUGUCCAACCUUCUUCCAGCGUCCUCCCGCCCCCUCCUGGUGCCCCCCCUCGUGCCCUUACCCCCUCCCCACCUACAGACAGCGCACAGUCCACUAAGGCCAGUACGGAAGUGUCAGACCCACGAGAUUUGGAGAAGAUGAGGAAACUGCUGGAGGAACUGGAGAGGGGGGAAGAAAAGGCCAAUCCUCCCACCACUCCUAUUGGGUCCUGCCAAGUUGCAGAUGAUGUUGUGAGUCAUACAGACCAGCCUGGACUGGCCGUGGGUCGUCCAGACCAGCCUGGACCGGUUGUAUCUCGUACAGACCGGCCUGGACCGGUUAUGAAGAUGCCAAGCUUCGUCCCCACCAACACCCUGUCCCAGAGUGUGGACCUGUACAGGACCUGGGCACAGGGAGAGUUGGGACUGGCCUCAGGGAUGGACAGUCUGGAACUGGGACCAGAUAUGGCCAUGGCAAACUGGGAUCUGCCAGCUGACUGUGAUUCCCUAGUAACUUCCCAGGACACUGAGCUUACACCAAACAGGCCAGAGACAACAGAGCCAGCUUGUCCACCGAACACUCCGUACUCUGUCAGCAGCAAACCAACUGUUGGUUCCUCAGAUCAUGAUGAAAGAGUUUCUCAACUCGGUAAGAAUGACGACAGAGCUGGAAGUCAGGAAACACCUUCCAAACCUACACGUAUAAUCCCGAAGACUCUACGCUUAGAUAUAGACAGUGAACAGUCUACUGCUGCAAAACCUACAUCAGUUGCAAUGUCACAAAUGUCAAACACAGAUCCUAGUGAUAAUGUACAGUCUAGCUCUUCGGAUAGACAGGAACUUCUAGAUGCCAGGCCGAGAAGUGGGUCCGGAGCCCAAGGAAUCAGUCGUUUAGCCUGUAACUUCACAAACCCUCAUGUACCAAAACAGUAACUUAAGGUUGCAAUAAGGAAUUUAAGGCUACCAUGUCCUCCAAAGGAAUACAGUAUAUAGUAUUAUAUAAUUUGUUUCUAAAAGGUGUAUAUUUUUUUUUCUGAAGUCUUGAAUGUUAAACAGAAGUCUUGAAUGUAAGAAAUUGUUACAGUAGUGAAAUGUGCACUAAACAUGAUAAUGGCAGUUUAGUGCAUUUUUUUUCUGUACAAAACUUUUAGGUAGACUGUCAUAAUGGGGAAAAUCUGACCAACAAACGAUAUAGAAAUGUCUGAUGUCAAAUGUUUUGAUAUUGUGCAGUUUGUAUAUAAAUGUUGUACCAAAGAAGUACUAGUAGGUGACGCCACAUAAUUCAUCAGCUAUUGUGCA